UGUAGAUAUGUACGAAUCUUCUCCUUUGGUGAACGGUACUUCGAGUUCGAUGGACGAACAGGUUCCUCCCCCCACUCUGGAAGAGACGACUGCUGCUCUCUCGCGAGAGAUCAGGAGGAGAUCCAGCAUUCGGCGAAGUUUGGGCUGCCCAGAAGAAGAGAGAGUUUCUGAUGCUGAAGCUAUAGCAAAGACAAAGUCCAAGUAUCUGCAGGAAGAUUUAAGAGAUGCCCUGGAAAAUAUCAUUGAUGGCAGCAUCAAGAAGGUCGCCCCUGCCUUCGGAGAGUCGAUCGCAUCUUUGGAAACUCUGCUACCUUCUCGUGUGCCUCUGAUCGCCCAAGCCCUGGAGAAGAACGGAUACAUCAAGGACUUGGUAUCUGCAGUCUCGCAGCAGAAGGAUGCAUACUGGGAGCCCCACAUUGCCAGGUUGCAGAAAGAGAGUGAAGACUGGAACCAACUACUUCACGAUGCAGUUAACUUCUCUCGUGAAGCUGGCCUCAAGAGGAGUGAAUACCAAAAGCCAAGGGAAGCAGUCGAAGUGCCCGAAAGUAAAGUGAAUGAAGUCCUCCAGAAUUUUGGAGUGAAUGUGGCAGAAACACAGGAGCUGUGGCAGCAUGAUUCUCACUUACUGAACCAGUUUCUACAAAAAGAAGUGGAGACAGUGCUCGAGAAUGUCACUCACUUUCAGUCUCUUAUUCGAAGUGAGCUGGAACAUUUGCAGGAAUUACAUGCUUCACAUAUUAAAGGAGAGACCAGUACUCCCAGGACAGUUCUUACCAAGGGCAUUGAUGUGGAUAAUCAUUCUCCUCUGGAAGCUGCAGAUGGACCAACAGAGUUAUGAAUCUCCAAAGAAAUUUUUAAAAAAGAAUGUGCAAUAGCACAAAAAUAGCAUUAUUCGUCUGCAUUCACUAUCUUUCUUUUAUGAGAGCUCAUUGUAAAUGGGCAUUGAUGAAUGAAUGGAAUGAGCUGAAGAAGGCAGUGAAACAGGCAGUGCAAACCCAGUAAACAUGCACACCCAAUUAGCAUGGGUGUAAGGCACUCACAGGGACUGUCAGACACAGC